AUGCUUUCUUUCGCACAGUGUCCCUUCGUGUCUCCCAUUAUUCUCAAACUCUCUAGCGUCCAGGAGCAAAUUGGAUCUAAGAAGACCACAAACAAAGAAACUCUGCAUUUGAAACUCCCUCCAGAAGAGCCUCCCUUAUUAUUCGACUCUAGAGCAGCGGUACAUCUCCUGAACUCAUGCACUUCAGCGAGGAACCUGAAACUGGGGCUUUGCAUCCACGCGCAUGUUUUGAAAUCUGGGCUCCAUUCAAAUGUAUUCGUCAGUAAUUCUCUUUUGGAUUUUUAUGCAAAAUGUGGGCGCUUGGAAGACGCUUCCAAAUUGUUCGACUGGAUGCCUGAGAGGACAGUCGUGUCUUGGACGUCAAUGAUGAUGGGUUAUUGCCAGAACGAAACUGUCGAUGAGAUCAUAUCGAUUUUUAGGCAGAUGCUGUUGGAAAAUAUCCUCCCUAAUGAAUUCACGUUUGCCGUUUUAUUGCAAGCUUGUGGGAAGAACCGUAACUUUGAUUUAACAGAGAUGGUUCAUGGCAAUCUUGUUGCAAACGGCUUUCUCGAGCACCAGUUUUUACAUAAUUGUCUGAUAGACACAUACUCUAAGUGUGGAUUCUUGAUGGGUGUCGAGAAAUUGAUGAACAAUUCGAGUUGCAGAGAUGUGAUCUCUUGGACCUCGGCCAUAUCAGGUUGUAUAUCAAAUGGACUGAUCGAGAGGGCCUUUGUUUUAUUCUUCCGCAUGCUAGAAGAUGGCAUUGUGCCAAAUCAGAUAACGAUUAUAAGCAUGAUUCAGGCAUGUUCUUUAUCAGAGGAAUGGCGAUUAUUUAUGUGGAUUCAUGGUUAUAUAAUAAAAUCAGACUUGUGUCGGGAUACCCUUGUCAUGAAUUCUCUUGUUGAAAUAUACUCCAGAAACGGCUAUUUCCUCGAAGGAAUGAAGAUUUUUGGCAAGUUCUAUUUUACAGGUGACUGUCGGUAUCUCAACCCAGAGACAAUGGCCAAUCUUCUUCAGGGAUGUGGUCACUUGGAGUGUUUGAGACAAGGGAAACAGAUACAUGGGUACCUGAUCAAGCACCGAUUCUUUCCCUCCGUGGUUGUAGAGAACUCUCUUAUGGACAUGUACGCAGAAAAUAAACAGACUGAAUCUGCGUUUAGAAUAUUUACAGAGAUGAACAAGAGGGACGUAAUCUCCUGGAACACCAUGAUCGCAUGCUUUGUCAAGAAUGGUCUCCCUUCUGAGGCAUUGGAGCUUUUCCAUGAAGUACAUGCCAAUGGAGGAGAUACCAUAAAGGGGCCUGACUUUGUUACGGUUCUAACUGCGCUCCAAGCUUGCUCAGAAUUAGCAUCCUUGCAACUUGGCCAGAUCAUCCAUGGCUACCUUAUUAGGUCAGGCUUCCUGUAUGAUGUUUUCAUUCAAAAUUCCCUGAUAGACAUGUAUGGAAAAUCAGGCCAUGCAAAAUUUGCGGAGCAGAUCUUCAAGGACAUGCCUACUAAAGAUUUGGGUUCUUGGAAUUCGAUGAUUGCAGCAUACGGCAUUAAUGGAAAUGGAACCUCUGCUCUGCAAACAUUUUCAAAUUUGAAGGAGUUGAGUGCUCACCAGCCAAAUGCAAUCAGCUUUCUUCACGUUCUUUCGGCCUGUGGGCAUUCUGGAUUGGUGAAUGAAGCCUUCCAGUACUUCAACAGCAUGGAUAAAGAAUAUGGCAUUCAACCAAGCACAGAGCAUCUCACUUGCAUGGUGGAUAUGCUAGGGAGGUUAGGGCGGCUUGAUGAAGCAGUGGAUUUUAUACAGAGGACGCCUUUGAGGCCUGGGCCAUCUGUAUGGGGAGCUUUAUUGGGUGCUUGCGCAUUGUUUGGCAAUGUCACGGUAGCUGAGAGAACUGUAGAAAAUCUUUCUGCUUUGGAACCUGAAAGCAAGGUGUGGAGAGUUGCACUGUCAAAUGUUUAUGCGGGGAUUGGAAGAUGGGAAGAUGCUGCAAAGGUAAGAAGAUUGGAAAUGGACGGUAGAGAUGGAGUGAGAAAGAAGGCCGGAUGGAGCAGUGUGGAGGUCAGAGGGGAGAGCCACAGAUUCAUGGUAGGGGAUACCAGACAUCCUGAUAGCAAGAAUAUCUAUGAGAUGUUAGACGUGAUCAAAAGACAACUUGAAUCUGUUUAG